UACACAAAUAAAAAGUGUGAUUGCAAAGCAAGGCAUUUAAGAUGUCUUUUGACACAAAUCAAACCAAUCUUGAGAAUACGGAUCUGAGAGAGGAAAAAGGUAAUACCAACCGAGCUUUUGAAGAAGAUGAAAGCCAAGAAAGAAGAUCUUGCAGAAUAAGUGAAUUCAGUGAAGGCACUAAACCUAAAGAGGAGCCUGAUAAUACUUUGAAUAUACAUUGUGACAAGGAAGACCAACUGAGCAUGUAUGAUGAAGCUGGACCCUACGCGGGAAUGCCAAAAGAGGUCUUAAUGUGCUAUUCUAAUCAAUUACGUUACAGGCUGCCAAGAGAAAUUAUUUUCUGGCUCAUCCUGGCAGCCACACUUGCUCUGGUAGCCUGCACUAUCACCAUCAUUGCCUUGUCGCCCAAGUGUUUGGACUGGUGGCAAGCCAGCCCAAUCUACCAGAUCUACCCAAGAUCCUUCAAAGACUCUGAUGGGAAUGGUAUUGGAGAUCUGAAUGGCAUUAAAGAAAAAUUGGAUUACUUUGUUUAUUUAAACAUUAAAGCUAUCUGGUUAAGUCCAGUGUACAAGUCUCCAAUGAAAGAUUUUGGGUAUGAUGUGGAAGAUUUUGAAGAAAUCGAUCCAAUUUUUGGAACAAUGGAAGAGUUUGACAACCUCUUAGAAGCUGUCCAUGACAGAGGUUUGAAAUUGAUCAUGGAUUUCAUUCCAAAUCAUACUAGUGACAAACACCGCUGGUUUCAGCUUAGCCGGAAUCGAACAGGAAAAUACACUAAUUACUAUAUCUGGGUCGACUGUAAACAUGAACUGAACAAAACCACCAACCCCAACAACUGGGUUAGUUUAUUUGGAUACUCUGCCUGGCAGUUUGAUGAGGUUCGAGGACAAUGUUACUUACAUCAGUUCUUGAAGGAACAACCAGAUUUGAAUUACAGAAAUGUUGAUGUGCAAGAAGAAAUGAAAAAUGUAUUACGAUUUUGGCUGAAGAAGGGGGUUGAUGGUUUCAGAGUGGAUGCAGUCAAGUAUCUUCUAGAAGCUGAAAGCUUAAGAAAUGAACCUCAAGUCAACUUAACGCAGCAUCCGAAUACUAUUACAUCAUAUGAUGAGCUCUAUCAUGAUUACACAGCCACACAAGUGGGCAUGCAUGAUAUUGUCCGUGGCUGGCAACACAUUUUGGAAGAGUUUAGUAGAGAACCUAGCAGAUACAGAUUUCUAAUGACUGAAUCCUAUGACAAUGAAGAGAUUUAUAAGACUAUGAUGUACUAUGGAACACCUAUACAACAAGAAGCUAACUUUCCCUUUAACUUCUAUCUUAUUGAUCUCUAUAAAGAGAUGUCAGGAAAUGGAGUAUUUAAAAUUGUAGAUUAUUGGAUGCGCAAUAUGCCUGCAGGAAAAUGGCCAAACUGGGUGGUAGGAAAUCAUGACAAUUCUCGCAUUGCAUCUCAUGUUGGUGCAAUGUACGUUAACGUCAUUAAUAUGCUUCUGCUGACUCUUCCUGGAACUCCUACUAUUUAUUACGGAGAAGAAUUAGGAAUGGAGAAUAUUAUUGCAUCUGAAGAUGAGAUUCAAGAUCCUUUUGGGAAAUUUGAUCCAACAGCAAAUCGAGAUCCACAGCGCUCACCCAUGCAAUGGGAUAGCAGUGAUAAUGCUGGCUUCAGUACAGCAAACAAAACCUGGCUUCCUGUCAACCCAAAUUAUGUUACAGUAAAUGUUGAAGUUGAAAAGGAUCAACAAAACUCUACCUUGACCUUGUUCCGUGAACUGAGCUUUCUUCGCCAGAAUGCACUGUCCAUUCAUAGAGGAUGGAUGUGUUACAUAUGGAACGAUACAGACAUAUUUGCAUAUGUGAGAGAACUCGACGGUUUGAAUUCAGUCUUUUUGAUUGUACUAAAUUUUGGUAAUGCUUCAGAAGUAAACCUGGCAAGCAAAGUUUCAUAUCUUCCCAAGGAAGCAAAUGUGAGACUCAGUACCGACAUUAAUAAAAUUGGAAAUAAAGUUCAAACAGCUUCAGUAAUAACUAGUUCUGGUGAAGGACUUGUACUGGAAUACAAAACAAGCAAUCCAGUUCACACUAAGGCAGAAUUCAAAGACAGGUGCUAUAUUUCACAGAAAGCAUGUUAUUUGAAUACAUUGGACAUACUUUAUAAGAAUUGCUGAACUAUUAAAACAAAUUUAAAAGAUGUUCCAAAAAUGUAUUAAUCAAUAUAUAUUCAAUUAAUGUAGUGCACAAAAGAACAAACAACCACUUAAUGAAAUAUUAAUGAAAUAAUAAGAACUUAACCAUUGAUCUGUGAGCAAAUUGCACAUCAAUAAAACUACUGUUUACUUUCAGCAUGCAACAUUAAACAUUUUUCAU